AUGAAACUUGACGGGCCUGAAAACCAUAUUCACGACCGCAUAAUUCGUGACGGUAAGAAGGCCUACUGGGCUAAGGAAUUACACAGGAGGAUUCAAAACCCUCCAAUUUGCAGGGGAACCAGCGGACAGGGUGGGUCGGCCGAGAAAGAGGAAUGCGAGGAGGAAGAAGCCUCAAGUGGUGUUCUUGAGAGGUCAAUUUAUUCUAUCCAGGGAUUCACAUCCAAUGUCUCUAUUAUGGCCCGGUAUACUUGUUCUCCCUUCACCCUUUUACAGCCUUGCAGGGACAGACACCUCAGAGUUGAAUUCCUCUUCAAGCUCCGAGCAUCGUGUGGCGACCUUGUUUUGGUUCCCUUCGCCGGCUGCCGAUCAAGACCCGAUCUCUACAUCUACAACCCCAUCACCAGACAGUACCGCCAGGUCCCAAAGUUUCACAGACAGUUUAUAGUCUACGGAAAUGAAGCUCCAUUGGUUCACGAGAAAUUGUUGGCUUCGAGUUUGGCAAGAAUGAAUCGACAAUUAACGAGGGAUCAAUUCCCAGCUACCUCUCGAUUUGAAAAGAUCCAAAGGAAUAUG